AUGCUCCGCCAGAUCCUUGGUCAGGCCAGGAAGCAUCCGAGCUCCAUCCCCCUCUUUGUAUUUCUUGGAGCCCAAGGUCCUGGGGCAGCGCUGUAUGCUAGUAUCUUGUGCCUGGCGUUAUUCAAUCCAGAUGUUUGCUGGGACAGAAAAACUAACCCAGAACCCUGGAACAAACUAGUUCCCAAUGAUCAAUCCAACUUCUACUCCGUGAAUGUAGUUUACAGCAAACUGAAAAAGAAGGUCCAGAUU